AUGGGUGAAGAAGUGCUGUCGACAGCCCAGAGUGCGGCCCUGUUCGACAUCCUGACACACUACAACACCUACGCCGAGAUCAGGGAAUUCAGGAAUCCGGGCAGCCUCGCUCAAUACGGUCCCCCGUUCAACCACGACACGGCCAAACCCUCUACGUCGCCCGCUCUCCAGGCUCUGGUGUCGAAGUACCUGCUGAACCUGCCGGGGCUGAAUAACCUGCCAGAGAAAUGGUGGAAAGUUCAAUGCCACACCAUCAUCGAGAACCUCGAGAAGGCGAACCUGAGCGAGAGCUACGACAAGGGCGCCAUUGGCAGUCGAAAGACCGUGGCCACGGCCACCUCUGCCCUCAUCGAGUAUCCCGUACGGGGCACCUUUGGUGGAAUCCCCAAGAAGACCGACCGAGUCGCCCACUACGAUACCGGCCGGGCCGAAGACCUCUCACGGGCGUUCCGCGACUUUCUGAACGAUGCCGUCUAUGGCGAUGUCCUGGACGAGAUGGUCCAGAAGACGGCACAGACAGAUCGACUCGAGGACCAUCCACCGCUAACAAAAGCCGUGCACGAGUUUGUGCUUGUCAAUCUCGCUUCAUUCAUGCACUACACUCUGAUCCUGUCGCCCAAGGGCCAAUACCUGCUCAAGUUGAUCGACAACGCCAAUAAGCUGGUACCCUACCUUGUCAUCAAGCAGACGCUGAAGAUCGGCAACGUGGCAACCAUGAUCAACGCCAUGGUCAAGGUCGGACUGGCCAAGAUGAGUGUCGCCAGUGUCACCAACUGGAUCGGCCUGACUUCCAACUCUGACGAAGGCAUGAAUCUUAUGCAGACGAUCAUCUCUACCGUGCUGAACUGGGACAUUAGAGACCUCGAGUCCCGCGCGGCCAAACUCGAACGAGAACGUGCGAAACUCGGCAAAGAACAGCUACACACGCUCAAAGCGUACACCACCAAGCCGCAACACGAACAAGAUCGGAUCCGCCGGCAAAGCCAAACACAGUCCAUCUCCAUCGUCACGGCCAUCCUGCGAGACAGCAAGUGCUCGUCCACCGAACUCACCGAGCACCACCACGCACAGGCGCUCGAGUACUUGUCGAUCCACCUCUCGGUGCGCGACCGCAAACAGCUGAUCCAGGUCCUCUGCAGGUCCAACCCGGACCACCUGACGACGUCGGUGCGCGAGGUCGUCGACGCCUACGAGCCCGUGAUCCGCCGGCUGCACAAGGCGGUCGACCUCUCCGGCACGGUCAACGACUUUGAGUACUUUCUGCGCGACCUGAUCAAGCUCGGGCGCAUCCACACCGACAAGACCGGACACUCCGUCGUGCCGACCGUGGGCGACUUUGUCCAGCUGCUGCGCAAACACCAGCGGUCGACGCACGUCUUCAUGCACCAGUGCUGCAAGAACGACAAGGAGCUGACGGGCUGGUACCUCGACUGGGCCAAGCAGGCCGCGUCGCAGUUCCGACGAGACCACCCUGGUGACGGCCAUCCGGCAUCCAAGGCCCAAGGGCCCGGCAACUUAACCCCCGACCUGCACCGGCUGUUUGGGUCGCUGGACAAAUCCACACAAGACCGCAUCGUCCCGAUCCUGGACUCGCACUCGUCGUAUCUCGAAAAGAUGCACGCCCAAUCCACCGCGCGUCUUCAGAGCGUCAUUCACUCCCGACCGUCGCGCUCGCCGGCGAUUGCGAAACUGUUCGCCGGCACCACCGCCACCACCAACAACAACAACUACUACUACUACAACAACACUGUCGUCCACGCUUCGAGCACCCCGCCCUCUCGCGCAAGCAGUCCCCCUCCCGACCGUCCACGCAGCGUGCCGCCGCCCGAACCACAGCCGUCCGAGACGAGUCGCGAGAUCAGAGAGAGACCAACGACACCGAAAGUCUCGUCGUCGUCGUCGUCGUCGUCGCCUGGUCCCGGCUCGUUCCUCGCGCGCUGGCAGGCUCUUCUUGACGCCACGCCCAUCACGCCACUCACACAGUCCGGCCCUCCCAAAGCAGCGAGCAGUCCGGAAGUGGUACGGGCGAGUGCCACGGACGUCGACGGGUCGAGACUGGUCGAUUUCGGACCCGAAGAAGCAAGCGGGGCCAAGAUCCGUGUCGAAGGCGGCGGAGGCGGCGUUGGCGGCAGCAGUAACAAGUACUCGACCUCGACCUCGUCGUCAAAGUCUCCGUCUUCCAUCCACGAGGCGCGUGAACGCCAGAGGCAAUACAGAGUCAUCGUCGACGCCAUGGGUCAAGAAUUUCGAUCUCUGUUGGCGGAAAGAUCUAGGUAUUGGUGA